AGUGCACCAAAUGUUAAAUAGUUUGGGUGACCACAGCCAAAGAAAACGCGUAGUUAGUGUAAAGUCAGAAUGUUUUCUGUGAAAUAAUACAUAAUUGAAUUAAACAAUAUACAAUUGAAACUUCGCUGCUGAAAGUUUAUAACUGUGAUAGCAACAAGUAUCUAGAGCAAGUCGAGGGUCUAAAAGUCCACAAUCGAAUAAAAGGCGCACACAAACGCACAGACACACACACACACAUACAAAUACACACCCUCUUAGGGGCAAAACCAAUUAUACAUAGUAGAAAUAAUAAAACAGGCCUACAUAAUGCCACCAAAAGAACGCAAUAUAGCCAUGAUGGGAUACCGCUCAGUGGGUAAAUCUUCGCUCAGUAUACAGUUUGUCGAAGGCCAAUUCGUGGACUCUUACGAUCCAACAAUCGAAAAUACAUUCACCAAAAUUACACGCGUCAACUCGCAGGACUAUAACGUUAAACUGGUCGAUACGGCUGGACAAGAUGAAUAUAGCAUAUUUCCGGUGCAAUACAGCAUGGACUUUCAUGGAUACGUUCUGGUGUAUUCCAUAACCAGUCAAAAAUCUUUUGAAGUCAUUAAAAUUAUUUACGAAAAACUAUUGGAUGUGAUGGGCAAGAAAUAUGUACCUGUAGUCUUAGUAGGAAAUAAGACGGAUUUGCAUCAGGAGCGCACAGUUUCAACAGAAGAGGGCAAAAAACUCGCCGAUUGCUGGCGGGCAGCGUUUCUCGAAACAUCUGCAAAGCAAAAUGAGUCUGUGGGCGAUAUUUUUCAUCAAUUACUUAUGCUAAUUGAGAACGAGAAUGGUAACCCGCCCGAGAAAAGCAGCUGUAUUGUAUCAUAAGAACUUGGCAGUUUCUGGCGUGUACAAUUGAUUUUUCUUAUAAAAAACAGCUUGGUCCUAGGACGGAUGGCGAAAUUUACAUACUAGUACCUAUAAGUUAUAAGGGCAAACAAAAGAAACAAAUAAAAAUCUUAACAAAUAUGUAAGGAUCCAAAAUGUUGCCUAGCAUCAUUAAUGGUGACUAUUUAGCAACAAAGCAGGUUUAAGUUAGUACACAAUUUUUCAAAACAAUAACACUUCAGUUACAAUGCA